UAGUCAGUCACUGCCAGUCACAGUGUGUGUAGUAAAAACUGUCUGUGAGAAAAAUACUCUCUAUCAGUUCCUACAAUACCUGUCUAUAUGUAGGUGUACAGGAGACGCAGCAGGGCUGCCACACUUAUUUUAUAUGUAAAAGUUGAUUAUAUAUUUUGAUGUUGUUUACUAGUGCUACUCAAUGUAUGGAAAUCCUACUUGUCUGUUUCCCCGCCACCUAAUGGAUUUAAUGCCUAUUCUCUGGUUUUUCGUGUUACUUUCCGUGGACGUUACUAAACAGGAUCGCAGCGAUGACAUGUGGGAUGCCCUAACGUUACGCUACAGACAAUGGGUGAAACUUCCACGGACAUCACACGAGGCAGAGAGGCAGGGCUACACUCGACAAAACGAUAUAUGUAAAACAAAUUCUGUCAGCAAAUACCAUGGUUUUCUGUACAAGCAACAGGAUGAUACAAAAGCACUUCCAAUUUACGACCUUAAUGGGUGGAUAGCCGGCAUACAAGCAAUGAUACCCGGGAAUAUGAAUGGAUUUAACUCUAUGAAUGAGAGUAUACCUCUUCCACACAUUGAUGUGAUGCCACCCAUCAUGAUUGGGGAUAUAGUAGAUGGCAUUCAGAUGUACACUGUGACAGCUUAUUUCAAACACCCGAAGUUGAUCUGUAACCCUAUUGCAAGGAUUGGUAUAACCCUCGGGAAAGGGCUCUACAUACAGAUGGGGCCAGACCCAGUCACCAUGUAUCAACAGAUUGCGAUGCACGCCAAGGAUCUAUCCCCGAUCUGGAAACCAGGAAGCUGUAUACCUUCCAUGGGUCUUCACUACUUUCGAAAUCUUUCUAAAGACUUGCCGUGUGAGAAAAUAUACCCCGUGUUCCUGAUGUAUGAUACAGAAGGAAAGCUUGGUGCCUUUGGCUGGUCCUUCCAGGGAAAGCCGAUGGAUGUCUCCAGCAGCAAAAUCAGUUGGUUUCGCAUGACUCCACAAACGUAUGCUUUCACAUUUGAUACCAGAGUGUUACCAACAUGCAUGUUUCACGAAGAAUUCCGGAUAUUUGGGAUACACAUAUGGUUACAACCACACGACUCCCCGAAAAUGACAUGCCCGUUGGUGAUACAGGAGCCCCCCACCGGGUCGCCAGUGCACAAACCCAGCACCAUCAACUACACCAACGGACCUAAAGAUCCUGUAAUCACAUCUCGGCCAGUUGACGACACAAAUGCAGCCCAAUCUGUGUCUAGGUUGUCCUCGUCGAUGAUUCUUAUAAGUGUUGCUACAGUAACUCUGUUACAAUUCGUAACUUUCCAAGCCAACCUGCUAUCAUAACAGUAGAUUUCUGGUUUUUUGAAAACCAGUCAUGAUUGAUUAUUGAAAAAAAAACAUCUGUUUCUGGUUGUUUCAAGUCUUUCAACAAUUAAGUCUAUUAUGACUGUUACUGACAGGAGCCGGCAUGUGCUGAACAUCUAUUACUGACAAAUCUUUAAUGAACUUGUUUUGGACAUAAAUCUAUUGUAAACAUUGUGUUUGGACAUAUUAUAAGUCUGCUGUGAACAUUCUUUACUGAAUCAUCAAGUAAAUGAAUGUUUAAUAUUGACUAUACAAAAUGUUCAAUAUUGAUAAAAUAUUAAUAAAUGUUCAUUAUUUGAUUAAUGCUGGAGAUUUCAAAGGAAUGUAAAUCAUCGGAAAUAAUAAGAAAUUUCUGAAACAAUUUAUCUUGUACAAUUACUGCUAAAGGUUUGCUAGCACUUAAAUAAAAUUCAAUUUUAAUUCAAAAGUGAUAGCAAAUGAUCAGUUAUAAAAUUUAAGAUAUGAUAAUUAAAAAUUCUUUUAAGUAUCUGAGUAUGAUAAUCGUGAUGUAUGACAUGUUGUAAUGUCGUACAGAACAAUGGGGCCGAGGUUAGCCUGAUCAGCUACGAUAAAAAGUGAAACUAGGAGGAAGAGAGAUAACUCUGAAAAUACAGAGAUUACAUUGACAGAGGAAAAAUGGACUAUGCAGUGAAAUGACAGAAUUACUAAUCUUGAAAAAAAAAGGUUUUAAAUGUCAUCCAUCAAUUAAAAUUAUACAAUGGCGAUGACAUCAAUGUCAAAGGUCAAUUGUAAAAAAAAAAGGUUUUUGUAACAGUCUAGUAUAUAUAUAAGAUUCAGGAAAUAAAUCCUACAUGGAUGUCUGUUUAAAUUAUCGAUUUGCCUAGAAAUCAUGUAAUCAUUCCAAUGUAGGGCUAUAAUUCAUUCCUCUUUCUGUGUAUACUAUACAUUCAUCUUUUGCUAGCAUGACAAAAUUAUUUGUCAAGAGUGAAGUAAAGGAAGUUCAGAAAGUAUAUAUAUAUGGCUUGAUUGAGAAAAUCAUGUAUUCAAUAUUUCACCAGUUUUCAACACUGGAAACAUGUCCUUGUUUCUGUUAUCGAAUAUCAAUUCAGAUUUUAAAAUGCUAUAUAUCCAAGAGACAUCAUAACAGAUUGAAAAUGUCUUUGCUUCUGGGUAUAUAAAGGUGUAUUUAGUUACAAGUGACCAGGGAUUAUCCCCUGAUAGUUGACACUGUAAUAUCUAUCAUUGUACCAGAUAUCGAUGGUGCUAUCCUGAUGUGACCAUACGUCAAACAUAUUCACUGAUUUUUAACUUAUUCUUCAUCAAAAUCAUUUUUUCUGUAAUUUGCAUAACUACAUUUCAAUGGUCACAUGUCUGUAAUCAUCACUAAUUAGAUGACCCUAAUUUGGAUGACUUACUAGUAAUUAGGCCAAUUUGUGUCCAGUAAGUUUUCUUUAACAUUGAUUUUCUGGGUCACCUGUUUUAGAUAAGAAAACUAAACAGAUUUAUUAAGUUCAUGCACCUUUGACUAUUUCAAUCAUUAACCUAGUUAGAGUCAUAUGACUACUAAUAAAAAAACCUAGGUUUUAGCUACACUUCAGAUAUGUAUAAAAUAUAACAAAGACGUCGUCUCGUCUCUUUUUUAACAGAUUAGCAUAAUAGUCUAUUCAUCAAAGAUUGCUACCUGACAUUUUGAAUUGGUUGUGAAAAGUUGAAACAUCCAGAUCAAAAAGUUAAGUUAUGUUUUUUAUCAUGUAUAAACUGCUAAAAUGAGGCGGAGAACUUGCAGUUUAAAACCAGGGAAAGGAUAUGAACUUGUAGUCAUCUUCGCCUUGUGCUUUUCAUUUAUCAAACGAUCAGUGAUCAAACAAGUCAUGAAUUUAUCAUCCGAGUAGACGUAGCGUUAUGCAUGGUAACUAUUUGCCUUCACAACACUGUCUGUUCUAUAGUUUUCUCAAAUCUCACUUCUCAUAAUUACAAAAUAAAUUUUACAAAUCAUACCUCAUUAUACAUAAAGCUAUGUACCUGUAAUGCAUUCCAGAAACUGUACAGAAAACAAAAUUGCAAAAAAAAAAAUUGAAUUGUUACACCAUCAGAGUUUUCAUCAAUUAAUUUUCUUACUCGUAUAUAUUUACUGAAAAAUCAACAGUAUUCCAUUAAUUUUUCAAACAGAAUUUUUACUGCGGGACUGCUAAAUAUACAUGCACAGUGCCUGGCAACGCCCAUUGUUCAUGAUUCCACAGUGUGGUGUUGAACAUUAUCACUGCAUGUGGUGGAAAUAAACGUGUUCAUAUGGCAAUUACCAACCAACACUAUAAUCCUGCAGUUAUACAGAUGAGCAUGUCUUUUAAAAAAAAAAAAGAAUCUUACUGGUACUUAAAUAGAAACGGUAACAUAAGAGGUUAAAAUGUUUGUAUUUUGUAACUGUCAGAAAGAUUUAGGAAGACCCCGGACAGAUAGAACUAUGUUUUGUAAGUGUCCCCACGUGUGUUAUCCUGAUCCCUAAGUGCCCACUACUUUCCAGCGACCACUCAGUACACCAUCAUCUUCAUAAUGUAAAUUACCCAUCUCUUAUCAUGUCAUCAUUUCCCAUAAUACACUUGCAUAAUACCCAUUAUCCAAUUUUAACUAAUAUGUCAGCAUCUGUAUAUAUUCCAUAUGUUUAAGUCAAUGUUUUUUAAUGAUGUUUAUUCAGAAAAGGACCAGUUUUUCUUGAAGUUGAACAAUUUAUUCUAAGGCGCCAAUAUGAAAAUAUCAUUAUUUUCAAUUACUAAUAUUAUUUGCAAAUUUUGCCAGGCAAAUUUAGGGUCAAAGGGAAAUAACUUGUACAAUAUUGCAAUGUCAUUAAUAAACAGAAAUCAAAUUAGCUGCUCGUUAUUGUUACACCUAAUUCUGAUUGUUCAUCAAUCAAAUUAAUGCAAUAAUAUUAACUAUUUCUUAAGAACAUGAAUAUAAUUCAUGUAAGUAAAAAUGUCAAUCAUCUAUUAAAAUUAUUAUUUACAUUUGAGCAAUAUCAAAACUUGAAGUAUAAAGUUCAGUAAUUCCCAAUGACAAUUUAUCGUGACCCUAUUGGUACCAAUCUGACGGGUUUGAGUGUAGACAAAGUUGUACACUGACAAUGUCAGAAUAUCAAACAUGUAGGACAAUACUGGUGAAUUGUACAUAGCUGUUUAUCAUCAUACGUACAACGAGGUACCGAUAUUGAACUGCAAAUUAUUCUGCCUUAGCAUUUUAUUUAUCAACAUUUAUUGAAACUACAAUUAUCAUUAGUUACUGGAGAUGAUGUUCAUCUUCAAUAAUAUAUCUCCAAGAGAGUUUUUGUUCCUCUAUGUAUACAAAAUUAAUGUUUCAACUUGCUCCAAACAUUUUCAGAUAAACAUGGGUAUCAUAUUACAUAGAUAUUUAUUUACAUGGAAUUGUACAUUGGUACAAUAUAUCAGUUUGUUUUCUAUUUUAUGAUGACCAACGUAGAAUAGUUAAUUAGGACACUAUUUGCGGAGUGUGAUGUUGUUGAUUCUUACAAUUAGUAGCAAAUUUAUUAAAAUGUUCAGUUAUGUCAGAGCAGAAAUGUCAACUAAAUUUUCAAAAUAAAAUUGAUUUUACAUAUAUUUCCAAAAUGGAGGAGAGAAAUAUCAAUGCUAAGUUUCAACAGAGCAAGUGAAAAACAACACUUCGUAUUACGGAGGUUAACACAGAUUCCUAAACGUUUAUUAGGAAUUUUUUCUUUUCUAUUGAAUGUUUUGAAACUUUCUUGAUGUAAUGUCUGUGUUUGUUUUAAUCAUGCUUUUUAUUUGAUAUUUUGUGACAUUGCAUCUACUUAAAUAUAUCGUCUGUGAUAUUGGACCCUUUUUUCUCUUGAUAUUCUGUUUAUGUGAGGAUUUCAAUCAAAUCCUAUUUACUAUCGAUGCCUACAAAAGGUUAUGUAAUAUAUUGUGAGAAAGUAAUGUUCUUGUGAUUGAGUUUUUUGUUUAUUUAUCAAUUGUGAAAUUCAUCAAUUGAAGAUAGUGUCAACUGAAGAAACACAAUAACAUCUUAAAUAUCUUAAAGUCAUUAGCUCCAUUCACUGGAGUCUCACUCAAAUAACUCACGUCAUCAUGUGAUGCCUUUGCAUCAAAAAUUAUAAAAAAAACAGCUUAGCUUUGAGAUAAUAAAAUAAAGUAUUUUGAAUUAA